UCUCCAGAGCUCCAGCCUCUUUGUUUUCGUUCUCACGCUAACGUGCCAGAUCCGCGCACCGACUCCACCGCGCGCUCGCACUCCGCCCCGACUUCCCCUCUGCGAGCAGCGGCCUGCUGGUGCUUUCUGAGAUGAGCUGAAGAUGUCGGUGUCGGGGCUGAAGGCCGAGCUGAAGUUUCUGGUGUCAAUCUUUCACCCGAACCACGAGCGAUUUAGAAUCAUAGAGUGGAAACCGGAUGAGCUGAGCUGCCAGUUCAACGUGACGGGAGAGAAGCCGCUGAUCAUCCACUGCAACAUCACGGAAUCAUAUCCCUCAACACCCCCGAUAUGGUUUGUUGACUCUGAUGAUCCAAGUCUGGCAGAGGUGUUGGAGCGUUUAGAGGAUGUGAGAAAAGGCAGCACAUUACUCCUUCAACAGCUGAAGCGUCUGAUUUGUGACCUGUGUCGACUGAACAACCUCCCACAACAUCCGGAUGUAGAAAUGCUGGACCAGCAUCUCCCUGCUGGUCCAAUUACCCAGGACAGGAAGCACGGGCCUUCAGAUGAGGUGACAUCUGAAGAGGAAGAGGAGGAGGAAAUGGGAGAGCAGGACAUUGACCUGGACCAAGAUCUGGAUCAUUACGACAUGAAAGAGGAGGAGCCGGUCGAUGGAAAAAAGUCUGAGGAUGAUGGGAUAGAAAAAGAAAAUCUGGCCAUCCUAGAAAAGAUUCGGAAAAACCAGAGACAGGAUCACCUGAACGGUGCAGUCUCCGGCUCGGUCCAAGCCUCAGACCGUUUAAUGAAGGAACUCAGGGAGAUCUACAGAUCACAGAGUUACAAGACAGGUAUUUAUUCAGUGGAACUAGUCAGUGACAGCCUUUAUGAAUGGCACGUCAAGUUGAGGACGGUAGACCCUGAUAGUCCGCUGCAUAGUGACUUGCAGGUUCUAAAGGAAAAGGAAGGAGUUGACUACAUUCUUCUCAAUUUCUCUUAUAAAGAUAAUUUUCCCUUUGAUCCACCUUUUGUACGGGUCGUCUCACCUGUGCUCUCCGGAGGUUAUGUUCUAGGAGGAGGGGCCUUGUGUAUGGAGCUUCUCACAAAACAGGGCUGGAGCAGUGCCUAUUCCAUAGAAUCUGUCAUUAUGCAGAUAAAUGCAACACUGGUCAAGGGAAAAGCCAGGGUGCAGUUCGGAGCCAAUAAGAACCAGUACAAUCUUGCCAGAGCACAACAGUCAUACAAGUCGCUUGUGCAGAUUCAUGAAAAGAAUGGCUGGUACACACCGCCUAAAGAGGACGGUUAAGGAGCUGCUAUCGCUAUGCACAGGAACACGUCUCUGGGUCAAAGUAACUUGUGUUGUUUGGAAUAUUUUCCCUAUCAGACUUAACUGGGAAUGUAUCAUCUUUCUCAUGGAAAUCAUCUGGCUGGCUCCUCUGACAACUAUUCCUUCGCCGCGUUGCAGGACAAACUCUGGUGUCGCUUUGCUUUUUCCCCUCUGUGUUUAAGGAGAAUGAUGCGAGGGUAUCACAGGUCCUGUUUCCUACUCAUGCUCAUUUGUCUUUGAGACGUUUAUCCCUUUUAAUGUAGGGGAAUACUUUUAUUUUAUUUUUUAUUUUUUAAACAUCAAAUCUGGCCUCACAGCCCGUCAGUUACAACUUCUGAAUGAGCAUUUUAUGAAGUGAUCGAUACAAAAGCUAUGAAAAAGGACUCUCACUGUUGUUUGUUUUAUUAUUUGAUUUUUAAAGUGUCUGUGGUACACCAUGGUAAGUAUUGUUCUAGAACUGUGAUCGGGCAGUUUUUAUUAUUUUGAAUCCUAGGCAACAAGUGAGCUGAUCUUUUAGCAGCAUAUAUUUAAAAAAAGAAACGACCGGCCACUCUGGGUCUGUUAGUGCGUACAUUUGGAAAUGUGUGGAGGCUGAUGUGAAAUAGCACUGGCUUGUCAAACGAUGUCUCCAAACACAAUCAGGAGUGGAUUUGAAAUAUCUCUGCAUCUCUUGUCUUAGAAAGACGGUGUGUCCUCGUCAGAUGACAUCACAUUGACAGUCCUCACCGGCCUGUUUACGCCUUAUUUAUGUUAAUACACAGGCCUCAGAUGAACUGUUGGUGUUCUGGUUAAAGCUGACUGUGGUUGAGGUUGUGGUCGUCUGUGUGCUGAGCUGACAUCAUUAUUCUCAGCCCUGUUAGCAUUUGUGUUUGGCUUCAAAGUGGAACAGCUGGUGGAACCUUUUCCUGUUUUGGCAUCAAAUUAAAACCAUAAGGGGGCAGUGUGAAGAAUUUGGCCAAUAGCUCUUUUCAAUUGUAAAUAAUGAAGAUUAAAUUCAUCACUUCUACUUUUCAGUGGCUGCUUUGAGAUUGGCUUCUGUUGGAGAGCUAAGGAUUUUCCGUUUUCCCCUGUCCUUACAGCUGUGCAGUGUGUCUCAGUGUGGUUCACAUGGACUGUAAUCAUUUACACCUGACCAGCUACAAACUGAAACAGUCGCCGCGUCACUUAACCUCCACUGCUGUUCCAGCUUCCUCAGUCAGGAGCUCAUCUUUGGUUUCUUUUCCUCGCUAACGCACGUGUCAUCAGGUGUCUGCGUGUAACAGAAAAGAAUUGUCAUGUGACAAAGAACUCACCGGAAGCUAAUUGAGGCAGUGCACUUAACCUUUGACCUUGCAAUAUACUGUAGUGCACCAUCAGUCCUGCUGUUACCUAUGGCGGGAAACACACACACUGUCAGUCAGUCUGCUUCUCUUUCUGCAUUUUAUUUUUGCUGUUAACACUGUCUGCAAAAAGCAUGUUUAAAUGGCAACUCAGGUAACAAUCGAUCCUUAGAGGGCACUGUGGAAACGCUGAUGUGUCGAUGCUCUGCUCCACGGGUGUUUGGAGGCGCUCACAGACGAUGUCAACCAGUUUUACAACACGUUAACAGGACUGCACGGUCAACACAAUUAGCUCACCCCAAACCCCAAAACUGUCUUCAAAUGCUUUUACCCUAAAGCACUGAAUUGAUUUUGGUGCAUGAUCCUUGAUAUAUAUUUUUUUUAACCUGAUAGCAAAAAUGUCGGCAGCAGGUCUCUGUACAUUUGUGUCUGAGCAUUCAUCAAGUCUGAUCAAUAUCUCUCGUCACGCAGUCGUGGCCCGUGUUGUCUGGCAGCACACAAAAUCUGCACCAUGAAAACAAGUUUGAAAUAGUUUAAGGUUUAAAAGUCUGCUCCAGAGCCGUCACCCUUCUGUGACCCCCCACCCCUUGAUGCUAAACCCUGGUCAGAUGUUCAGACUGAGAGCAGAUUCAGGUUCGAUAGACAAUGUCUGGGUGAACUAGACUUUGCACACUUCUCUAACUGGACUUUGCAUUGAACAGAUUCAUUUACCUUGAUUGUGAUUUCAUUUCCUGGCACCGACACACAGACCAGACUGGCAACCGUUGGCUCGCUUUGGUUUUCUCAUUUUACAUUUGAAGAAGUUUUUGGCCAUGUACAGUAAUUUGUAAACUUGCAUCAAGUUUAUGAAUAAAGAAUUUUAAGAUUA